AUGAUAAGUGAUGUCAAAGACAAGGACGAGGAAGUUGAAAAGAUGCUUUUGCUUGUGCUAGUAUUAUUACUCUUUGACUCUGCUGCAUCUGAGAGCUACUACCAUGGACAACGUCUGGACCGUGUGCCAUAUUUCAUUUCAACUCCAUCAAGUGCUGCUUACCGCGAGGGCUCUGCUGUUCGACUCACGUGUGAAGCAACAGCAAAACCACAACCUAUCACAACUUGGUACUUUAAUGAUGAGCAAAUUCAUCCAAGUCGAAAAUAUUCGCUGUACAUGGAUAAUUCUAUUCUCACUAUUUAUCCAUUUCAGAGAAAAGACAUUGGGAAAUACAGUUGUGCAGCUAGCAAUAGGAAUGGCCGAAUUCAGCACACUUUUGAACUACAAAUCUUAAAUAACUCGGCGCCUGUUAUAGUGGAUAGUCCUCAAUCAAAAGUCGCCAGUCCAGGUGACCAGGUUACGUUUGCUUGUCGUGCUAAUGGACAACCACCUCCAUCCGUGAAGUGGUAUUUUAAUGGUGUGGAAAUAUCUCAUGAUGACCUACAUAUUGAGUUUUCUCAACGAGGCUUCGAGCUAACAAUUAUCCAUGCCACUCGAGAGGACGAAGGAAUCUACCAAUGUGUGGCUAGGAACAUUCUAGGAGCAGUAACGGUAGAUGCAAGUCUUAAAGUCUACAUGCCAAAUCAACAAGCUUUAGAUGAAUCACUGACCAACGAAUUUCUUCAUGAUGUCGUGCAAAAAGCGAAAGAAAAUGUUGACAGAGCAAUAAAUCAGUCAAAGUCGUCGUUUAACAGUGGACAAAUGUCUCCAUGGGAAUUUAUGAAAAUGUUCAAAUUCAAUGUGCCACAAAAUGCUGCAUUAACCAAAGCACGAGAAAUCUAUGAGCAAAGUUUACUACUGGUUCAACAGCAUGUUCGUGACGGUUUGAAAUUUCCGAUUGAAGAAUUACCGAAAAAUUUUUCGUUUGAAUCAAUUUUGGCUGUAUCACAUAUCCAAACGAUUAUGGAGCUUUCUGGAUGCGUUACUGGACCAUUUCGAAACCCAUGCACCGACAUGUGUCUCUAUUCCAAAUACAGAACAUAUGAUGGACAGUGCAAUAAUAUGGACAAUCAGUUUUGGGGAGUAGCACAAACACCUUUUCGUCGAAAUGUGCCUCCAAUCUACGAGAAUGGCUUCAAUACACCAGUUGGAUGGGAUCCUGAAAAGUUGUAUUUCGGAUUUAAGAAACCAAACCCACGUCUAGUUUCUAUGAAGAUCAUUUCAACAGAGCAAAUAUCGCCACAUUUCGGUUAUACUGCCAUGAUGAAACAGUGGGGGCAAUUUUUAGCUCAUGACAUCGAGCAAACGGCACCUGGCUUAGCUCGUCAAACAUAUAUGAAAGGUGCCAUAUGUAAUAAAACUUGUGAGCACUUGGAUCCAUGUUAUAAUGUUCCAAUACCUCCUGAGGAUCCGCGGAUGCAGGCAGAAAAAAAACCCGAAAUUCCAUGCAUUGAAGUAGAACGAUCUAGUGCAACUUGUGGAUCCGGUCAAACUGGGCCAAUCUAUCGACAGCUUACUUAUCGAGAGCAAAUGAAUAUACUAACCGCCUUUAUUGAUGGAUCGAAUAUCUAUGGUAGCUCAGAAGUAGAUGCAUUGGAUUUACGGGAUUUAUUUGGUGAUCAUGGAUUACUUAGGUUUGACAUAGUGUCAAGUGCUCAAAAACCAUAUUUGCCUUUUGAGCGAGAGUCAUCAAUGGAAUGCCGUCGCAAUCGUUCACAUGAAAACCCAAUAAGCUGCUUUUUAGCUGGUGAUUACCGAGCAAAUGAGCAGUUGGCACUCCUUAGCAUGCACACAUUAUGGCUUCGGGAACAUAAUCGUAUUGCCACGAAGUUUUUGGAAAUCAAUCCACACUGGGAUGGAGAAACGAUUUAUCAAGAAACGAGAAAGCUCAUCGGAGCCAUGUUACAAGUUAUUACCUAUGAGCACUGGUUACCUAAAGUACUGGGACCGGAUGGAUAUGCAGAGCUUAUUGGACCAUAUCAGGGAUAUGACCCAAAUGUGAACCCUUCUUUAUCUAAUAGUUUCUCAGCUGCUGCACUUCGAUUUGGACAUACCAUCGUUAAUCCUAUUUUGUAUCGAUUGAAUAACGAUUUUAAACCAAUCAAAGAAGGUCAUAUACCACUCCAUGAAGCUUUCUUUGCUCCGGAACGAUUAUUAUCAGAAGGUGGAAUAGAUCCGUUACUUCGAGGAUUAUUUGCAAUGCCGAUGAAAUCUCCCAAGGAAAGAGAACUGGUCAAUAAGGAAUUGACUCAUAAGCUGUUCAGUCGUGUUGAAGAGUCUAUGUACGAUUUGGCGACAAUCAACAUCCAGCGUGGUCGUGACCAUGGACUACCCGGAUAUGCUGAAUUCCGACGUUGGUGCAACUUUAGUGUACCAAAAACAUGGGAUGAUUUGGUGUAUGAUAUACCAGACGAUGAAUUACGACAUAAGCUUAAGGAUCUUUAUGGACAUCCAGGAAAUAUCGACUUAUGGGUGGGCUUGAUUUCGGAGCAAAGAUUAGCAGGAGCUUUAGUUGGACCAACAAUUGGAUGUAUUCUCGGUGAUCAGUUCAGACGCUUACGUGCAGGAGAUCGCUUCUGGUAUGAAAAUGAGGGCAUCUUCACACCUCUGCAACUGCAACAAAUCAGAAAAACGUCGCUAGCAAGUGUGCUGUGCAAUAGUGGGGAUUUCAUUGACCGUGUGCAGCCGGACGUAUUCGAAUACAGAGGGAAUCGAUCGAUGAAAUUUUAUGAAAAUUGUGAUCGUAUACCUCAAAUUAAUUUGAACGUGUGGCAGUCCUGCUGCGAGAAGAGCUGUGUUUCAAGUGCUGAUGAUUAUAGUGUAAAAGACAGAAGGCGACGCUCAAGCAAAAUUCUUGAUAAGGACAUAUGUCAAGAUGGCGAUGCAUUAAAACGAGAUGGCGAUUCUUGGACAAUUGACCAAUGCACUACAUGUGAAUGCAAGGUGUGCCUUUAA